UGGACUUUGACAUUCGGCAUCGGAAGCACGAGAGGCAUGGGAAUUGUUGACGGACUGACACGACUGCACCGACCCGAGAAGGUCCCCAAGAGCGAGGAGGUGAUUUCGUGGAACGAGCCGAAGGAUGAGAACGGACCGAGGCAUUGGCGGGUGUGGCGCGAGACUUUUGUCGAUCCGUCUGUGUGCUUGGCCCGAGUGGAGGUGACAUGGACGAGGGCCGACGAGCAUCAGGCGUAUAUUGAGUACCUGGAGCUGCUGAUCAUCCAGGUUUGGAGAGCUGACGUAGAGGGCGAUCUUCUCGUCCCGCUCGCGCAACUGGUCGACGACCUCUCUCUCGAUAUCGUUUCGCAAAGUGACGAGAGUUCGGCUCCGCACGUCCUUACGCAGACAUUGCCACCGUAUCUUCAAUGGACUGCGUGCUUGGAGGAACCGGGAAGUGAAAGCGCCCUGCCGUCACGGCAGGAGUACUUGAAGCCGGCCGGAAUCAUCAAUCUUGCCUUCUAUUCGAAGCAAGAUUCGUUCAAGGAGGCGGUAGAAGGAGAAAAAGAAACCUCCGAAGAAGAGGGCGACGACGAAGAAGAAACGUCGGAGGAAGGGAGUUAUAGUGAGCACAGCGAAGGAGAGCAGAGUGUAGAGGAGGAAGAAGAAGAAGAAGACAACGAAGAGGAGGAAGCCGGAUCGGAGUGGGAAGCCUUGCCGGAAGAAGCGGCGCGCGCAGGCACAGAGGCGGAAGAUCUUGAGGUGGCACGAAAGAGGGAAGAGAUUGCCGCCGGGAAAAGCCAGUUGGAGUUCACCAGCGGGGCGAACCUGCGCAUCAACGAUGACCCGACCCGGGAUCCGGAGCCCCCCAAGCCCGAAGAUGGCGACCCAGCAACCACGACUCCGAGCGCAUCGCGACGGAGACAGAGCCGGUCCCCCUCCCCCUCCACCUCAGCCCGUCCCCCUGUUCGUCCACGUACCGAUGCAGGGGAUCGGCCUUCGUCCCCGGUCAUUAUCCCGCCGUCCCCUCAGUUACCUCACCCUCUGUCAGAUCUCUACCCCCGUCACCUUCACUCGUAACCCCUUCCCUCCCAAUACCUUCCAUCACUUUUACUCCACCCGCCUCGCCGUCACCGUCUAU